AUAUAUAUAUAAGCCUCCUCUUCAUUUUCCACUCAUUCCUCACUACUUCUUCUUCCUCAUUCUCUCUCUCUCUCUAAAAUGGCUUUGGAGGCUCUCAAUUCUCCCACUGCUACUCCCAAUCCUGUGUUCAAAGACGAUGAUCCUCACUCUAUCGAGGCUUGGACCAAGGGCAAGCGAUCCAGACGCCACCGUUUUGAUCAGAAUCCGCCGUCCGCUGAGGAAGAGUACCUCGCUAUCUGUCUCCUCAUGCUCGCUCAGGGUGGCGGCGCCAAUCCCAAUACGACUUCGUCUUCCUCCCCUGAUCCUUCUUCUGCUUCUCCGGUCAAGCUUUCUUAUAAGUGCUCUGUCUGUAACAAGUCCUUCCCUUCCUACCAAGCGCUCGGAGGACACAAGGCCAGCCACCGCAAGUCAUCCUCCUCCUCCGAUCACCACCCUCCCGCCGCCGACAAUUCAUCCGCCUCCACCUCCACCGCCGCACCUGUUGUUGGCGGCGGCAAGCUGCACGAGUGUUCAAUCUGUCACAAGGCUUUCCCCACCGGCCAGGCCCUCGGCGGCCACAAGCGCUGCCACUAUGACGGUGGCAACGCCAACAACAGCGGCACCGGCGGUGGAACGACGGUGAUCACAUCGUCUGAGGGGAACACCUCAUCGGUCACGCACAGCCACCACCGCGGGUUUGACCUGAACCUCCCUGCUCCUUUGACCGACUUCUCCCCGGCUGGGAUCAUCGGUGCCGCCGGGAAGAGUGUAAGGAUCGGAGAAGAAGAGGUGGAAAGCCCGCUACCGACGCCCGCCACCAAGAAGCCUCGUUUGUUCAUGGACGAAGAGUGAAAACGAUGAUUCUUCCUCAGAAAAAUUGAUCGGAAUUCUUAUAAUUUAGAGUAUUGAAUCAGAUAGAUUCAAGAAUUUGAUCAUAUCUUCUUGUUUUUUUCCUGCUUUUCCUGGGGGGGUUGGGUAUACCGGAUUAACUCACAAGUUCGAGAUUUUGUUUUUGUUUUAGUUGCAUUGUUGCUCUGUACAGACAGACAGAUUUGUUCAUUAUUGUUUUUGGAAGCUAGUUCUCUGUGAUUUUAAUUUAAUUAUAUUCUCACCAUUUGUGCAUAUCCAUUUAGUUCA